AUGUCGCAAGCAGAGAUUUUAACUUAUUUAACAGGAUUAUUCAAAGAGCCAAAGGUCAGAAUUUUAGUUGAAGGCCCUACUCUUUGUGGAAAAACUACUACAAUACUUAAAGCUUUAGAAUCUUCAGGAAGACAAUACAUUCAUCUUACAGUUGCUCAAUUAUUCAUUGACCCUAAUGUACAAACAAUGUCUAUUCUCGAUAAGUUUAUAACUAACGGAUAUUUGAUAUUUUUAGAUGAUAUUGACACUAUUUUCCCGUUGAAAGAUCCUGAUUUUGUUUUAAUUCAACGAUUCUUUUCAAGAAAACCAAAUGUUAUUGCCGCUACACGCGAUAAAAAUGAAAUCCAUCCAUUCGCAUCUCGUUAUUUCCGUGAUGUUUUCAUUAUGGAACAACCUCCAACGAAAUUACAGUCAGAAAACAUUGCCCAUGUCACAUUUGAUGACAUUGGUGGUGCCCAAAAAGCGAAAGAUACAGUUAUGAUGAUGGCUUCAUGGUCUGUCCUCAAUGCGAAGAAAAUUUCUUCUUGGGGACUUAAACCUCCAAGUGGAGCCAUAUUAUACGGUCCACCUGGUACAGGUAAGACAUUACUUGCCAAAGCAGCUGCUAAUGCUUGUCACUGCUCCUUCUUUUCCAUUGCAAUUCCAGAUUUACUUCGUUGUUUAGUUGGUGAAUCAGAGAAACGUUUGACGCGGACAUUUGAGAUUGCCAGAGCCAACGCACCUUCCAUUGUGUUCAUUGAUGAAGUACAAGCCCUAUUCGGACGAAGGGCAGAGCGUCGAGGAGACAGUAAUCGAUUGGUUGUCCAAUUAUUGGCCCAAUUAGAUUUGUCUUCGAAAAAUGGAACUGUUUUCUGUUUGGCGGCAACCAACGCCAUAGAAGCUGUUGAUCCUGCAUUGCUACAACCAGGAAGGUUCGAAGAAGUCAUUGAAGUAAGCUUGCCAUCUCUAGAAGACAGAGAAGACAUUGUUCGUGUUGUUUGUCAGAAAAUUAAACACGAGAAUGAUGUCGAUGAAAACAGAAAUGAAAUUGCAAGACUGACUGAAGGAAUGACCGCUUCUGAUAUCAAUGGUAUCUGCCAGAAGGCUGCAAUCGCUGCAAUGAUGGAUGGAAGAGAUAAAUUGGCUUUGGAAGAUAUUAAGAACGAAAUUAAGAAUGAAGCAUUUAAGAGAUUCAGAACUGGAAAGAAAAUUUCUGUUGCAAAACCAAAGGAAUGUUAG